AGCGUAGCCUGCUGAACCAGUCUGCUCUGACUAGUCACUAACUGUAAAACUGCUCCAUUCAAAUGAGCCAUCCCUCAGCCUGUGAUCUCUGGAGAGGCCUACGCGUAUGAAGGCUUGUUUACCAGGUUUCAGUGUCUGGAGCCAGACAGCUGAACUGCUGUCUAUCCAAGUGAUCGUCCCGCAGACGGAGUACCGCAGAACCAUGUUUUCAUCGGUCACUCUACGCUGUGAUUACUCCACAUCCGUGUCCCCACAGAAUGUUCUGCUCACCUGGCAGUACAAGUCUUUCUGCAAGGACCCUGUGUUGGACUACUACUCUGCAGCAUACCAGGCAGAGCUGGCUCUCGGUCAGGACCCAACCAAUGACUGCUCAAACAGCCAGCGCACAAUCCGCGUCGUAGCCCAAAAGUCCGGCACCGGUGAAACCAUACUCGGAUCAGAAUACCAGACACGAAGAAUAACUAUCCAGAACAAGGCGGAUUUGGUCAUUUCUGAGUUGAUGUGGUGGGAUAAUGGCGUGUACUUCUGCACCAUCAACGCUCCGGGUGACACUAUUGGGAACUCUGAAGGAGUGAUUCAGCUCAUUGUGUACAAUUGGUUGGUGGUGCUGUUCAUCAUCCUAGGAGGGGUGCUUCUGAUCAUCCUCUUGGGCAUUUGCUGUUGCCAGUGCUGUCCUCAGUGUUGCUGCUGCUAUGUGCGCUGCCCCUGCUGUCCGCAGUCCUGUUGCUGCCCAGAGAAAUUGGUGAUGCAGCACAGAAUGAUAAAGGAUGCCCAGAAGGCGAUGGCUCCAUGGCUACAUGGCCAGCCUGUCUAUGCUCCCAUGUCCAAUGUUUCUUCGCAGAUGAAUCCGCUCCUGUACUCUGAUCCCUCAAAACAAGGAAUUCCCAUGACCCCCCUGCCUCUUCCCCCACCUCAGUCUGUACAUCCUGGUAUGGCCCACAGCUUCCGACAGGGUAGCAUGCAAGGCACUAACAUGGCACUGGACUACCUUGAGAGUCAGGUACGGAACAUAGACGUGAACACCCCCGUUUUGCACCAACCAAUUUUGCCCCAGCCAGUACCUUUACAGAGCAUGACUCUGCAGCAAGUGCCACCGCCACCCCAGCACAUGCCUCAGGGUGUGCCAUUCUCAGCAGGCCCCCCUAGUAUGCUAUCCUCGCUGAAUGAGAUGGGGGUGGACCGACGGGUCAUUCAGCUACCACCCAUUGUAGAACGUCCCCCAAGCUCAUACCGCCGAACCUCGUCUGGCCCUCAAAACCGUCCCCCUUCUGGCCACUCUAGCAGAGCUUCCAGCCGCAGCGGACGUCACCAUGGCACCCUACCCCCCAGACUUCAGGAUCCCUCCGCACCACGCCGGGGUAUUCUGCGUAGCUACAGUGAUGAGUCAGAUUUGGAGGAGCGGAACAGGGGUGGUAGAUAUGGCCAGCAGUAUCGGUCUCGCAGCAGAGACGACUUGUUUGAGGAGGCUCGGCGAACCCCUGCACGGCAGAACCAGGGUUACUCUCCCCCUCGGCGCCGAGGGUCCUGGAGCUCUGAAGACGAAGGAUACAGCAGGAAUGGGGGAGCACGUAGUCGCGGUGCGCCCUGGCCUGAAAAGCCACCUAGUUAUACUUCCAUAGCAUCAAAGCUGGAGAAACCAGGGAACAAAGACCGCUUCUCUGAAAAGAGUUCACGCAGCGGCACAAGUGUGGUGAUAUAAAACAGGUUAUCACUUUUUUUUUUUUCCUUUUUUUUUAUAUUGGCAUGAUUGUUCCUAGUACAGUUAUGGUAGUUAUCAGUGGUACUUGUGUAGACUUGGGUUGAAAUUUUUAAUAUUUUAUUAAGUUUUUCAAGAAGGAUUUUAGAAGGACUUCAAAACUUAUUUUUGUACUUCUGAAGAAUGAGACUAGUAAAAGCUUAUGAAUUUGAAAACAUGCUCCCUACAAGGGGGUGCUUCUUAAGCAGGUUAUGUCUUUUAUCAGUUGGCAGGUCAGGUAUUUAAUCUGGAAAACAGGACUUAAACUAUGAAGAUGGACAAUGGCCUGAAGUAUAUUUGUUCCUGAAAUCUUAAAAGCCUGAGUAUUGAAAGCAUCUUCCUUUUAGUUUGAAUACUCUUGCUUGGCUUGUUCCUUUACUCUCUGGAUGUUUGGAGAUUCUCCCCCACUCCUUUUCAACAAGUCUAUAAGAAUAUGUUGUGAGGUGGGGGGGUGAUGGAUGAGAGACAAAGGGAAGCCUUCAUGAAGAAGUUGUAAGGAAGAGGACAAAGCACUAAGAACAGUGGAACAAGAGACUGGAGGAGCUUGGAUGUAUAUGACAGGUCUAAAACAGUGAAUUUAGCAAAUCCAAUGUUUUUCUAAUGUAUAAUAAGCACAAAACUGUAGAUAUGAGGAUGCAAAUUUUAAUUGGUUAUGUUUGCUUUUUUACAUUUGCAUUAUGUAUGGAAAAGUCACAUGAAAACAUGAAGGUUAAAUGCACAUAAUAUGAAGUGCCUUCAGUAAAGGUCUGUUUCCUAUAAUCAGAUUGAAUAUGUAGAUUAGUCAGACUUGGUUGGUUGCUACAGAGUUGUUUUUUAAAUGCAUUCUUUAUUCCUGCAAUUCUCUCUGAACAGAGACAUUUUUGACAAAUGUAAAAUUAUUUUUGACAAAUUUAAAUUGUGUUCAUGUCAUUAACAAGUUUAUGUGAAAAGUACAGUACUAAACAUACAUGUUGCAGUCA